AAAAAGGGCAGAGGAGAGAUUAAAAGACUAGUCACCUCAAGUAGAGCGAAUCGAGAGAGUGUGAGAAAGAGGAGAGCGAUGGCGAUGGCGAGAGAUAUUGAUGUAGUGGAGAUUGUGGAGGACGACGGUGAAGACAAGGAGUGCGAGGACUGGUGCUUCAUCUGCAAAGACGGUGGAAGCCUUAUGCUCUGUGACUUCAAGGACUGUCCAAAAGUUUAUCAUGAAAGUUGCAUAGCAAAUGAAAGCCCAGCAAGCAAGAUUGGAGACUCGUUGAUCUGCAUGUGGCACAGUUGCUACUUGUGUAGGAAGACACCAAAGCUGUGGUGCUUUUGUUGCCCACAUGCUGUCUGUGAAGCCUGUGUUACUCAUUCUGAGUUCAUUCAACUUAAAGAGAAUAAAGGGUUAUGCAAUCAAUGCCAGGAGUAUGUCGAUACUUUAGAAGAAGUUAAAUUAUAUGCUGCUGCUGGGGAUAAGCUUAACUUGAAAGAUCCGGAUACAUACGAGUGUCUGUUUCUUGAGUAUUGGGAAAUAACAAAAGAGCAAGAAGAUAUAACCUUUGACGAUGUCCGCGAUGUCUGUGCUUCAAAGCCACAAAAGAAAGGUGUCAAGACAAAGUACAAAGAUGAUUCCAAAUUUUCGCUUGGUGAUGUCCACACUUCAAAGUCAAGAAAGAAAGGCGUCGCUCUGAAGUACAAAGAUGAUCCCAAAUUUUCACUAUCUGACCCCGCGGUUGAGGAUGCAGAAAAUCAUAAAACGGUGGGCUAUAAAAAGAAAAUGGAGUAUGACAGAUGGGGUUCAAAGCCCCUGAUUGAUUUCCUAACGUCCAUAGGGGAAGACACCAGAGACGCCAUGUCACAACAUAGUGUAGAGUCAGUUAUCCGCAGGUAUAUUCGUGAGAAAAACCUGCUUGAUCGUGAGAAGAAGAAGAAAGUUCAUUGUGAUGAGAAGCUGUACUCUAUCUUCAGGAAAAAGUCUGUAAAUCAGAAAAGGAUUUAUACACUUUUAACUACUCACUUGAUAGAAAACCUCGAUCAGGUGGAGAAUUUCACACUGGAACAUGGCUUCGGUGAAAAGCACUUCAGUGAAAAGAAUGAAAAGGUUUUAAUGCCGUGCAAGAAGCAAAAAACAGAGAAGUCAGACGAGGAAACUUGUGAAAAGGAAGUGGAACCUGAAAUGCGGGCAACUGGUUUCGCAACGAUCAAUGUGGAUAAUAUAAAGCUUGUUUAUUUACGAAAGAGCUUAGUCGUAGAGUUAUUGAAGCAGAAUGAGAGUUUUGGGGAUAAAGUGGUGGGAAGCUUUGUGAAAGUGAAGAAUGAUCCUAGGGACUUUAUGGCGUACCAGAUCUUGCAGGUUACAGGCAUUGGGACUGCUGCUGACCAGAGUGAGGACGUGCUUCUUCAUGUUGCUGGCAUGGCAAGUGGUGUUAGCAUUUCCAAGUUGGAUGAUUCUGACAUAAGCCAGGAAGAGAUUAAUGAUUUGAAACAAAAGGUGAUGAAUGGACUUUUGAGACAGCUAACUGUUGUGGAGAUGGAGCAGAAGGCUAAGGCUCUCCAUGAUGAUAUAACAAAACAUUGGAUUGCAAGACAGCUUAACAUUCUGCAGAAACGCAUCAACUGUGCCAAUGAGAAAGGAUGGAGAAGAGAAUUAGAGGAGUAUCUAGAGCAGAGAGAACUUCUCGAAAAGCCUUCAGAGCAGGAGAGGUUAUUAAGAGAAACUCCAAGGAUCACAGAGGACUUCAUCGAGAUAAAACAAGAACUGGAUAGCAGCAAACAAGGGGAUAUCAGCGGUCUGUCUCCCGAAAAUGUGAUAGCUAUCGACUAACCAAGAUUAUGCAGCAUCUCUAGAAAGAAGAAGAUGAAUGCUGUUGUACAUCUUACUUUAAUGUUCUUUUUGGCUGGAAUAUUAAUGUUCUCUUCCAAUAGAAACUCGGCUAAUAUCUUGAAGCUCUUCUUUUGGAACUUAGUAGCGUUUGCAGAAACAGGAAGCUAACUUGGUUUUGUAUGAUGGUCAUGUACGUAGUAGCAUCAAAGUGACAUGGCAUGUUUAAUUUU